AUGAGCAUUGGUGGUAGCGAUCUCGACAAAGCCAUACAGCAGCUGCGAGCAUGUCGUCCGAUCCCCGAAAACCAAGUCCGAGAGCUAUGCUACAAGGCACGCGAGCUGCUGAUAGAGGAGGGCAAUGUGGUGGGAGUGGAUGCGCCUGUGACGAUAUGCGGUGACAUUCACGGACAAUUCCACGACCUCAUGGAGCUAUUCCGCGUCGGUGGUGACGUUCCAGAUACAAACUACCUCUUCAUGGGCGACUUCGUGGACCGCGGCUUCUACUCGCUCGAGUCCUUCCUCCUCCUUCUCUGCCUCAAAGUACGAUACCCCGACCGCAUCACACUGAUUCGCGGCAACCACGAGUCGCGGCAGAUCACGACUGUGUAUGGCUUCUACGAUGAAUGCUUGCGCAAGUACGGAAGCGUCAAUGUGUGGAGAUAUUGCUGCGAAGUGUUUGACUACCUAGCCCUUGGCGCCCUCGUACAGGGCGCUGCGACAUCGCUCCAACCCACAGAUGGUCCCAUCGCAGAGAAUAGCAACCUCGAUAGCAUGCCCGAUCUCGACCAAGAUAUCGAGAUCGAAACGCUCAACGCCAACGGCGAGAUUAUGUAUCGAUACGCACGCAAUUCAGACUCGCAGUCGAGCGUCGCUUCACAGGCGAGUGCCAACAUGGGCUCAUCGUCGCCCGUCGCACCCUCGCCAUCACGGGUCGGUCCAGCAGGCACAGGAGCAACAUCCUCCGCGAACGGAUCAAGGAGAAACGACACAGGCGCCAUCCUCUGCGUACACGGCGGCCUAUCACCUCUCGUCGACUCAGUCGACAAGAUCAGACUCCUCGACCGGAAACAAGAAGUGCCCCACGAAGGCGCCAUGUGCGACCUACUCUGGUCCGACCCCGACGAGAUCGACGGUUGGGGCCUGUCACCACGCGGCGCAGGCUUCCUGUUCGGCGCCGACAUUGUCAAAACCUUCAACCACAAGAACGACCUCAGCCUCAUCGCCCGCGCCCAUCAGCUCGUCAUGGAGGGCUUCAAAGAGAUGUUCGACUCGACCAUCGUCACAGUCUGGUCCGCGCCAAACUACUGCUACCGCUGCGGAAACGUAGCGGCCAUCCUCGAGAUCGGCGAGGACGGCUCAAACGCUGGCUUCCAGCGGAGAACAAACGGCGACAGAGGCGGUGGCGGCGGAGGAUGGGUACUCGGCUCCAACGCAGGCCCCAACGGCGAGCGACGAAUGAGCUCCGUCCUCAGCGACAAUCAGCAACGAAACCUCGACGGGCCCGGUCGGCGCUACAGGGUAUUCGAAGCCGCGCCGCAAGACUCGCGGGGCAUGCCGGCGAAGAAGCCCGUGGCGGAUUACUUUCUCUAG